AUGGAUACUACUACGAUCCCCGUCACCGGCGUCGAGGAGCUCGACCUCCAUCUAGACCAGCUUAUGCGGGACUCAAGUCUGGCUCUGGACGCGAAGCUGUUUGACCAUGUUCAGCUCCAGCUUACAGAGAGCAACAUACCACCACUCAUCCCCCUCCUCCUCCCUAAACUCGUCGCCAUCCUCCAGCAAGACGACCGAGACCCCGCCCUCCCCGCCAGCCUAGCCACCAGGCUCCUCAGCCCCGUCACCUUCACGCAGUCCCUCACCCUCGCCUCGGAAGAAUCCCUCAUACACGCCCUCAGCUCGCCCGAGCCGUCGGUCAACCUCCUCGCCAUGACCGUCCUCGAGAAGGCCGCCCGCACAGCCGACGACGCCGCCCUCCUCGCAGACAUGCCCCAGCUGUUCGCCGAGCUCCUGCGCCGCUGGCUGCUAUCCCCGCACGCGCAGGUCGGCGCCAAGGGCCGCCGCGUCCUGGGCGACCUUCUCGACACCGACAGCGAGCUGCCACCCCUUCCUCCGCCUCCGCCUAGCACCGGACAGGCCCAGGGCGGCCAGGACCAGGUCCUCGCAGACAUGGUCAAGAGGAGGGUUCCCGGGCGGGGCAAGCUGUGGCGCCUGCUGUUCCGCACGCGCGAGCCGUACCAGCUGCUGGUGGACAUCUGCUCGGGCCGGCACCCGGGCACGGCCCCCGCCGACGGGCACCAGCUGUCGCUCGCGCAGGGCCGCCUGCUGGACAUACUGCCGCGCCUGGCGGUGCUCGACUUCCACGCCGUGGCGGCGUCCGACUUCGCCGCGGGGAGGCCCACGCACGCGACCAACGGCGGUGUCGACCAUGACCAUGAUGACGACCACGAGGAGCCGGGUCCGGAUCAGCAUCAGCAAAGAAGAGGCGGCGGCGGCCAACAACACGAGGGCCUCCUGCAGUUCGCGGCCCUGCGCAUGGUCGACAGGCGCGACGCGCUCAUGCAUCUGAACCUGGUCGAGUUCAUGGAGGGCUUCGUGAGCCUGAUGCGCGUCGCCCCCGAGCGGUCGCCGUACAAGGUCGAGACGCUCCGGGCGCUGCUGAGGGGCGCCACGGCCGACGAAGACGGCGGCGCCGCCCUGAGGGCCGCGCUGCUGGGCCUGCCCGACCGGACCGUCCCCGAGGAGGCCGACGACCUGCGCCUGUGGCUGCGGGAGGUGUUGCCCGGGGAGGCGGUGCGCGUCGCUGGUGGGCAUUGGGGCUGA